AUGCCUUCAUAUGCUAAAUUUCUGAAGGAACUCCUCACUAAGAAAAGGAAAUACAUUGAAGAGAAAAUCAUUGAAGUACAAGGAAACUGCAAUGCUAUCAUACAAAAGCUUUUACCUCCCAAGUUAAAAGAUCCAAGAAGCUUCACCAUUCCUUGCACUAUAGGAAAUAUCUCUGUUGGAAGGGCAUUAAUUGAUUUGGGAGCCAGUAUCAAUCUGAUGUCGCUCUCUAUGUUUAAGAAGAUUGAAGGUUUGGAACUCAAGCCUACUCGGAUGACUCUUCAACUAGCAAAUAGAUCUUUGAAUUAUCCUUAUGGAGUAGUUGAAGACGUGCUUGUGAAGGUAGACAAGUUUCUAUUUCCUGUGGACUUUGUUAUCAUUGAGAUGGAGGAGGAUGUAAAUGUGCCUCUCAUUCUUAGGAGACCGUUUAUGAAGACUGCAAGAGUCUUAAUUGAUGUGGAGAAUGGCAAGCUUAAAGUAAGAGUCCAAGAUGAAGAAGUGAACUUUGAUGUGUUUGAAGCUAUGUCAUAUCCCAAGGAUGAUAAAGCAUGUUUCCAGUUUGAUACACUUGACGAAGUUUGUAUGGUGCAAGAGAAGAUGGUAAGUUGUUCUUUGCCUUUAGAGAAGAUGCUCAUUGAUGCAUGCGAAGAUUUGAAUGAAGAGGAAGAAGAGUUAAUUGGUGAGUGCUUGAAUGACCUGGAGGUGUUAAAAGAACUUCCAUUGCAUGAGGCAAAUUUUGAGAAGAUUAAUGCUAAGGAAGACGUCAAGGAAAAGAAACUGGAGUUGAAUGUAUUACCAUCACAUUUAAAGUAUGUUUUCUUAGAAGAAGGUGGGAAGAAACCGGUCAUCAUUAGUAAUUCUUUAUCUCUCAUAGAAGAAGAAAAGUUGGUAGAAGUAUUGAAAGCCAACAAAGGAGCUAUUGGAUGGUUAAUUACAUAUCUCAAAGAUAUAAGCCCAACAUAUUGCAUGCACAAAAUAUUUAUGGAAGAUGAUUAUAGACCUGUUGCUUAA